GAGUCGCUUCCAACAUGGAAAUAUUUUUUUUUUCAACUGGAGGUUUUAGUUGCAGCUAACUGAAAAAUGCAAAACGCAAACUAGAUUUUUGUUGUGAAGAAAGAAGUAUUCCACACUGUCAGUGAGCCGGUGGAGCCAUUCUUUAAACAGCCAAUUGGUAUUCAUGGGAGAAUGAUUUCUUACGUUGAGUGUUUGGGUGGAGACGGGGCGGCGAACGGUGUAGCGUCCCACUGUUGGAAUCCGGGACCGGAUGAGGAGCAAGACCAACUUCUUCCUCGCAAGAUCGCCCCACUUCAGCCCAAGACUGAGGGCAGCCUUCGGCGACGCCUGCUGACGGCUAAAAUCCACCAGCACCAUGAAGCCAUUUGGGAGAAAAAUGCAGGGAUGGCUGGCUGGCCAUCCUAUGGUGACAAAAAGCCCCUCCCAUCUCAGCUACAAUAUCCCAGCCUCUUGUACAGCCAGCGCUGCUCGCCACAAGGCCGAACCUAUACCAGCAUCCCCUCAGAGGCUCACAGCAAACCGUCAUUUAAGGCCGAAGAUCCCAGGAAGCAACCCGUGCAGUCCCAUCACAUUCCCCGGCCGGCCCUCAUCCAGUGGCGACGUACCAGCACUUGCCCUCCCACCCCGGAGCCUCGCCCUGGCUACACCCCUCCGGACCCCUCGCCUCUGAGAGUCGCGCUUCCUUUCAGGGAGUUAGAGGUGCCAUUGCAGUACAACUACCAGCCCAGCAGGAGAUGUAAGAGCAAAUUCUUCCGCUUCAAAAAGCAACAACGGAAGGAGGCUACACCCCUUUUGCACAAAGCAAAAGACGGCGAGCGCUGGUCCGUUCACUACACUUCGCAGAAGCCCCAACAGGGGGCGCUCUUCAUUCCUGCAGAAAAGCCCCACGCCCACACUGAGGACUUGCAAGCAUAUAGAGGGGUGACUCAGCAUGGAGACAGCAAAGCCAGCACCUCUCUGCUCUGCACCCCGUGCCCCACCUCCUGCUCAUCCUCUGGACUCCACCAAUCAGAGGGCAGGGUGCACAAGCGAUGGAGAGACAAAAGGAGGAGGAUGAGGUCCACAUUUUGGGACGUUCUCUCUCUGUCGUGCUUUUCCGUUUGUCUCGAGUGGUCAGUGUGGAGAAGAAAGUCCUCAGCCUCCUCAGAUGAAGAGGAAACGGUCAUCCUCCACGACAAGCGUCCUCUGACCCCACUUGUCCUCAACCCUAUUGAUCUCACCUCCUGUUGGGACGUCUUUGCUUGUGAGACGGAGCUCGGUGUGAAAGCAGAGCUGAACCCCCGACUCCCGACCCCAGAGGAGAGGAUGAGGCAACGGGCGGAUGCGGUGACAGCUGAAAUAGUUCCUAUCAACAUAACAGGUCAGAGUUUUGAUCGCCAGGCCAGCUUCCGAAAACUGGCUUGCAACACGGACUCCUCAUCGCGCCACCCUCGGAAUCCAAGCCGCCGCAUGACAGUCACUGGGAACCCUGUUGAUGUCAUCAAUGAAUUGGGUACAGGCUCCACUCUCGAGUGCAGCGAUCGCCAACCACUUUGCAGCCGUGAGAGCUCAUCAGAUUCGCCUGCAGAUCAGCUCUCCAAACGCUCCAUAUUUCGCCAACAGGAAGAGGAGGAGUUGGUCAGGAAGAAGAGAGAGUGGUUGGCGAGGAAGAUCAGAGCCCCGAGAGGGGAGGGGAUUGCCAGCCUCAUGUUGUCCCUCACCUCAGCACGUGUUGACGACCUCUCCUGCUCCUCAUACGUCCGCAGCCUGCCCCGCAUGGCCACCAGCUCCUCUCUGGACUCAGACGCCAGCUGGAACAGUGUCUCCUACAGGACACUCAGCGCCUGUUCAUCCUGUUGCCAGGAUUUCCCUAGUGACCUUCAGCCCCUAUUGCCCUGUGACCUAAGCAAAAGGGUCAUACCUCAGUGUCCUUCCCCCUUACAUCUCAGCACUCCUGCCUGCGCUUGUGGUGGCCAGUGUCAAAACUGCGACCACUACCGCUCCCCUUCCACCUCCAUUGCAGAUACAGAGUCUCAGGAUGGGGAGCCAACCCUCUCGCGCUGCGGAAGCCGUUGGUCAUUCCAGCCCCCUUACCCAAGCAGCCCAAUUGGUGGUGACUGGACCAUCAACCAGGAGACAAGUCCUGUUUCCCUGGUUUCUCCUGGUUACUCCCCCCCUUUUAACUUGGACUUGAUGUACCCAGAGGAUGUGACCUUGUCUUCCUCACAGAGUCGAAAUAGAUCGUCCAGCACCUCGUCCUCCUGUCGCAGCAUCUCCCUUCGCAAGUCCAAGCAUCCGCCUCCACCACCUUUACGGUCCGAUUCACUCAAGCGCAGAAUAGGCCGCAGCAAGUCAUGUCGUUCAUCAUCCAGCCCCGGUAUGGAGCACGGUCCUCGCUCAUCAGCCCAGACCUUGCAUGAUCCCUGGGUGCCUCGGAGCCAUACCAAGCCACACCAGAAUGGAAUUGACUGUGGCACAGUCACUACCUUUGAAUCUUUAAGUGUAGACUGGCAUGCAGCUUCAUCAGACAAACUCCCUUUAGUCCCUAGCUGCAGUCUUGUCCUCACCCCUGGUUCUCCUGUCUCAAAAGAGGGGGGACGUGUCUCUGGUGGUUACACCAGCCAAUCCAAUAGCCCUCCUACGGGCACACCUCCAGGAGUCUGCUCUCUUCCCCAAAACUCCCAUUUCUUUUCCAAAUGCGCCACCUCCCUCGUUCUGUCUCCCAGAAAGUCAAAACCCCACCCACCGGAUAGGAGGUCCUCUCUCUUCUCCUCCAUCUCCUCCUCCUUUUCCUCCACCUCUUCCUUGUCAUCCUGCUCCUCCUCCAACUCCUCUGCCCAGUGCAUUCAUCCCCCUGCCCCUUUUCUCCCAACUCCACCUCCUCCCCCUCCUCUCCCACCUUCUCCUCCUCACUCCCCUCCUCUCCAACUGUUCUCUCUUCAUCCCACUCCUCUGCCAGCUUCUUCUCUUGCUUCUCCCUCUCCUCUCCUACCUUCUUCUCAUCCUCUUAAGCCUGCUUCUUUCCAGCCGUCAUCUCUUCAUCCUACUCCUCCACCACCUUCUUUUCCUCCUCACUCCACUCAUCCACCACUUUCUCUUCCUCCUCCCCCUCCUCUCCCACCUUGUUCUCUUCCUCCUCCCCCUCCUCUCCCACCUUCUUUUCUUCUUCAGCCUGCUUCUUUCCACCCGUCAUCUCUUCAUCGUACUCCUCCUCCACCACCUUCUUCUUUUCCUCCUUACUCCUCUCAUUCCCCACUUUGUAUUCCUCCUCCCCUUCCUCUCCCACCUUCUCUUCCUCCUCCACCACCUCCUCUGCCACCUUCUCUUCCUCCACACACCCCUCAUCUCCCACUUUCUUCUCAUCCUCCUCCCACCACUCUGUCAGCUUCACAUCGUCCUCCUCCUCCUUCUCUCCUACCGCCAGCCCUUCCUCCUUCCUUAUCGCAGUCAUCAAUACCUCGACCUCGCCCAGCUCCUUUGGCCUCUCGACCUCCUCCUCCUCCAUACUCCCAUGCAAUCAAACAGUCUUCCCAUCACACGCUGCUCCUCUCAACAUGUCCUGCUGUCACCUGCCCAUCCGCCAGGUUACACCCCCCACCGGGCCUCGACACACCCUCGAAUGGCAAUGUGAAAGGGUUAAACCUAUUCACCUUCCCCCUUGUCACUGCGCAGGCUUUGCAGAGUGUCAAGCUUCGCACCAUUACAACCGAAGAAGUCCUACCCUCGAAGAGCAUGCAAGCCACUGCCAAGCUUUCUGACAGUCGUCGGCUAGAUGUUGCUCUGAGCCUUGAUACCCCAAAGCAACAACAACCUGGAAUAUUGCCCGGUUGUGAGGUGGUGCUCAAGAAUGAGUCUGUUUACACUCAUAUCUACACUGCGAACCAAGAUGAUCAUCUUAUAAAUGGCCAAAUACAUUCAGGGGCUUCUAAUGCCAGACUGAUGAAUAAUCUAAGACAUGAGGGUUCCUGUGUGAAAAUGUCUGAUGGUACCUCCAGAAAAGAGCACACCCAGACCCAGGUAUUAUCAGAGGCCAAGUUAAGUGAGUCGUCAUAUGGGUCGGAAAAUUAUAACUGUCAUAGAACUGGUGACUUAACAUGCCGUCCGUGUGAGGUUGUGAGCUCGAGGAAGAACCCCACCCUUCCAAAGAAGCCCAAUCUUAGCAUUCAGGGUGUGAUUGCAUCUCCAGAGUACAGAGGAGAGCCAAAAGAGGACCUUGCAAAUCAAAAAUGCUUCGUGGAGCCGACUGGUACCAAAGAAUGUGCAGUUGAAGCCACAGGUAACACGUUGCACAGUGACACCUUAUCAAACAAUAAGAGCAGCCGUUCCUCGAGCAUGCUGGAUAAAGUUCUGUACUCCUUCGAUGGCACCGCCAAUGGUCCGUGGUGCGCUUUUGACACUUUAACACGUAGAGCUCUAGCAGUCCAAAUGGGUACCGGGACACCACUCCAGCAAGAAGUGGACAGACAUGGUCACAGAAGAAUGAUGAGGUUACUGGGUAAGGAUGAGGAAGAAGGUGAAGAGCGGAGAAAGACGACCACGAUGUUUGCCACUACCAAAAAGGACAAAACAAGGAAGAAGAGGAAGACAGCAGGAAGACACCUGCUAAUGAUGUCAUCAAGUAGGGAUUCUUCAUCCUCUUCAUCAUCCUCAUCUUCAUCCUCAGACGAAGAGGUGGAGUCACAGACAAGGGAGAGCAGUUUUUGUGCCCCAAUUGGUCUAAGAAGCUGCUCCUUGAGCAGUGUGUUGUCCAGUGACAACCAGCAGGGGGCAGCAUCACUGAGUGAUCUCCUCAUAGAAGAGCCCCAGGAAAAAGAGGAGCAGGGUGACGGUGGACGUUCUCAUGCUGGCCUCUACACAGGUGGGCCAGCGGGACCACCAACAGCUGAGGACCUCUUCACUGUCAUCCACAGGUCCAAGCGGAAGAUGUUUGGACGAAGAGAUUCUUCUGGUCUGACCUCGGCCGACCACCGACCCCGACCGACGCCGCAAACCUUUGUAACCCUCAAAGGUAAAAGACAGUCGAAAAGCGACAACUUUAAAGCCCUGCUGCUGAGAAAGGGGACUCGCUCGCACUCGUCCUCCCGUAUAUCGGCUGUCGAGCGUCUUGGAGUAGUUGUUUCUCCUGCUGCCUCCGGCCCCCGGCAUGCCCAUGCCCAAGCCACAUCCUUGUUCCAAACCUUGUGGACAGUCAACACUCGCCUGACUCUUAAUGGGUCGCAAACAUACCUGAAUGUGUCCGCCCCCUUGGCAAAGAGGCAAAAAGGGUUGCCACUCUUCUCCUUGCCCAUCUUCCUUCCUUCCUCUCUUGCCACGCAACCUCGCCUGCACACUGCUCACUGGUCAGCGAGUCGGCGUAUGCCUGCUCGCCAACGCCACUUUGCUGGCCCCAUGACUGCAAUCUAUGAGGAUGAAGGAGAAGACGAGUAAGAUGUCCCCUACUCGCAAAACGUUUGGGACAUUUGGUUUUCAGGUGAAAUUUCAUGAUGAGCCUCUAUCAUAUAUCUGUAUCUACUCUCAGAUCACUUCCCUCGGAGAACAAUCUAUUUUAAGCCUUGUGUAGUCACAGAAAGGAAAGUGGACAUCCUUGGAAAUAAAGAAUAAAAAACAUUUUGUACAUUUUGCCAUUCAACUCCUCGUUAGAGAGCAAAGUUGUGCAAAAAGUAUUCAACACAGUUGGACAUUCAUUCAAAAGUUUAAAAGUUAAGUUAAUCUGUAAAAGGUUAUAGUGAAUUUUAGGGUCAUCCUGAAAUUUCACCCAAAAACAAAAAACCCUUAUGUAUCCCUUGUAAAGUCCCAGAAGCCUCUUGAUCAUAUUUGAUCCUAUUUUUCGAUCUCAUUAUCUCUUUUCUGCAUCCACUUUGGCAUGAGAUCAGUGUUUGCACAUCAUCAUAAUUUUCUCAAACAUGCUUGAAUGAUUGCUGCUAUAGUAUAAUGUAAUAUAAAUAUGUCAUUUCAUAAUAUUUCAGUUUGAGCAAGUGUAAACAGCUCUCUCGGUUUUAUCAUCUGCUAUACUGGACUUGUAGUCUAUUUGCACAAAAUUAACCAGGGUGAACCCUGUGACCAUUUUAGCAGCAAUAAAUAUGAAUUGGAAGUUUGAAACAGCAAUAAAUGGGAUAAAUAUGAAAAGGUAGUUGUAAAUAUAUAUAUAUAACUUAAUAAUAAAGAUUCAUUCAUAAGAUUUUAAUUCUUUCCCAUACAUUAGUCACCCGGUGACGC